CUGUUUACGACUAAUAAAGUGGCCUGUCUUACUCUUUUUUAUUCUGCUUCAUACCAUGCCAUGCCAUGGACACAGCUGGGAAGAGCGCAGCACAGCUGCGUGAGCAGGUAGCGAGGACAGAAGAGGAGCUGCAGCAUCUAAAGGCGCAACUCGCCCACGCCGAGGCUCAGGAGCGGGACCAGGAGGCAGAGGCAGAGGCAGAGGCUGCCGGUGGCGUCGUCAACGGCCCGGCCUGGAAGUGGCCGCUGAAGGCUGAAGAGUACGAUCGCUAUGGGCGGCAGCUGAUCCUGCCCAGUGUUGGCAUCCAAGGCCAGCAGAGGCUGAAGGCCUCCAGGAUCCUCAUCGUCGGCGCAGGUGGCCUCGGCUGCCCGGCAGCAGCGUACAUCGCCGGCGCCGGGGUAGGCACCCUGGGCAUCGUCGACGGCGACGUGGUCGAGCCGUCCAACCUCCACCGGCAGAUCGCCCACUCGACGUCGAGGGUGGGCAUGCCCAAGGUGGACAGCCUGGUGGCCUACUGCAGGGGACUCAACCCCCUCCCAGAGUACAUCCCCCACAGGGAGCACCUCACCCCGCAGAAUGCAGAGGCCAUAGUGGGCGCCUACGACCUCGUCCUCGACUGCACCGACCACCCCACCUCGCGCUACCUCAUCUCAGACGCCUGUGUCCUCCUGCGCAGGCCCCUCGUCUCCGCCUCGGCGCUGCGGACAGACGGCCAGCUCAUCGUCCUCAACUGCCCGCCCACGCCCCAGGGCGUCCUCGCCGUCCCACCACCAGCCGCCGACGGGAAAGCAUCAUCAGCAGCAGCAGGAGCAGCAACAGCAGGCCCCCCGCCCUGCUACCGCUGCGUCUUCCCCCGGCCCCCGCCCCCGGACGCCGUCGUCAGCUGCGGCGAGGGCGGCAUCCUGGGCCCCGUCGUCGGCGCCAUGGGCGUGCUGCAGGCGCUCGAGGCGGUCAAGAUCGUCGCCGGCGGCCUGCACCUCCCAUCACCGUCACCGUCACCGCCGCCACAGCCACAGCCACAGCCACAGCCACAGCCACAGCCGACGCUGCUGCUCUUCUCCGGCUCGGCGGCCGGCGCCCCCUCGUUCCGGUCCGUGCGGAUGCGCGCCCGCAGGCGGGACUGCUUCGCCUGCGGCGAGGGGAGCGCGGACAGGCUGUCGCUGGGGACGUUGAGGAGUGGGGGCGUGGAUUAUGUUGCGUUCUGCGGGGGCGCGGCAUCGUCGGUUAGUGUGCUUGGAGAAGGGGAGAGGGUUUCUGCUGGUGCUUAUCGGGAUCUUGUCACGGCGGGUGGUGGUGGUGGUGGUGAUGGGGCGGGGGCGGCGAGGCCCGUGCUGCUGGAUGUCAGGGAGAAGGAGCUGUUUGACGUCGGGUGUAUCGACGGGGCUGUCAACAUCCCGUACUCGCGGAUCCAGGGCUCUGCGAGGGCGGCGAAGAGGCCCGAGGGCGAGGGCGGUGCUGAGCUGCCGGACUGGAUACCCGCGGGCCUGUCCGGGCACGCGCCGAUCUAUGUGGUGUGCAGGGUGGGCAACGACUCCCAGCUCGUGGCCAAGCAGCUGAAGGACCUGGGGCUCGGCCGUGGGGGCGAGAGGUUCAUUGGGGAUAUCAAGGGCGGCAUGAGGGCUUGGAAGCACGAGGUAGACGGCACCCUGCCGUUCCUGUAG